GGACGGCGCUGCAUGGACAAAGAGCCGCAUCUUCACUUCUCAUCGCCUUCAACAGGUUGAAGACAUAACUUUUGGCGCAUGAACCAUUGUUUCCCCUGCUGAUCAGCCACCGCCAACGUCAUCAUGCUGCGUCCGCUGACCAUCCACUGCGUUCUGUCCGCCCUGCUCUGCAUGUUGGCGCAGUGCAGUGGCCAGUCAGUACCAAGUCCACCAGUCAUCCAGCUGCGUCUGGCCGGAGAGAAGCGGAAACACUACGAGGGCAGAGUGGAGGUUUUCUACAACGGCGCCUGGGGCACUGUGUGCGACGAUGACUUUUCUAUCUCCGCUGCUCAUGUUGCCUGCAGAGAGCUAGGCUUCGUGGACGCUCAGUCCUGGUUCCCGUCUGCCAAGUACGGCAAGGGAGAAGGUCAAAUCUGGCUGGACAACGUGCACUGUAGCGGCAGCGAGAAGAGUCUGGCUCACUGUCAGUCCAACGGUUUUGGGGUGUCUGACUGCAAGCACUCGGAGGACGUCAGCAUCGUGUGCAACCAGAAGAGAAUCCCAGGAUUCCAGUUCAUCCGAAACCAAGUCACCAGCCUGGAUGCGCUGACGGUGCAAGUGGAGGACGUGAGAAUCAGAGCUACCUACUCGCACCGAAAACGCAUCCCCAUCACCGAAGGCUUUCUGGAGGUGAAAGACGGAGGCAAGUGGAGACAGAUCUGUAACCAAGAGUGGACGGAGAUGAACAGCAGGGUCAUCUGUGGCAUGUACGGCUUCCCCGGGGAGAAGCGCUUCAACCACCGACCUUACAAGCUGCUGGCUAAGCGUAGGAAGAAGAACUACUGGGGUUUCUCUGUCAACUGCACCGGCAACGAGGCCGACCUCUCGGACUGUAAACUAGGACGGGAGGUGGAGCUGAAGGGCAACAACACCUGUGGCCAAGGGAUGCCAGUCGUGGUGAGCUGUGUCCCUGGACGGGCCUUCGCUCCCAGUGUCAGUGCGGGCUUCAGGAAGGCGUACAGAGUGGAGCAACCACUGGUGCGACUGAAAGGCGGGGCCAUGAUCGGAGAGGGGCGGGUGGAGGUGCUGCGGAAUGGCGAGUGGGGAACCGUUUGCGACGACAACUGGAACAUUCAAGCUGCCACUGUGGUGUGUCGGGAGUUGGGAUUCGGCAGUGCCAAAGAGGCACUGACCGGUGCCAGACUCGGACAAGGUAUGGGUCCAGUCCACAUGAACGAGGUGCAGUGCUCUGGCUUUGAGAAGUCUCUGACCGAGUGUCACUUCAACCGUGACUCUCUGGGCUGCAGCCAUGAGGAGGAUGCAGCGGUCAAGUGUAACGUUCCUGCCAUGGGCUUCAACACCAGAAUCCGACUAAGCGGAGGCCGCAAUCCAUACGAGGGCCGAGUGGAGGUUCUGACCGAGAGGAACGGCUCUCUGGUGUGGGGCUCCGUGUGCAGUGAGAACUGGGGGACUGUCGAGGCCAUGGUGGUGUGUAAGCAGCUGGGCCUGGGGUUCGCCAGUCACGCUUUCCAGGAGACGUGGUACUGGCAGGGGAGUGCUGAUGCUGCUGACGUGGUGAUGAGUGGCGUGAGGUGUUCAGGAACUGAGCUGACUCUGGAUCAGUGUCUCCAUCACGGGAAGCACGUCAUCUGUCCGAAAGGCGGGGGCCGCUUCGCCGCCGGAGUCUCGUGCACCCUGACUGCCCCAGACCUGGUUCUGAAUGCCCAGGUGGUGGAGCAGACCACCUACCUGGAGGACAGACCCAUGUACGCGCUGCAGUGUGCUCAGGAGGAGAGCUGUCUGUCCAGUAGCGCCGACACAGCAGACACCACCUCGUACCGUCGGCUUCUCCGCUUCUCCUCUCAGAUCCACAACAACGGCCAGUCGGACUUCAGGCCCAGAGCCGGCCACGAAUCCUGGGUCUGGCAUGAAUGUCACAGGCAUUUCCACAGCAUGGAGGUCUUCACCCACUAUGACCUGAUGAGUCUGAACGGCACCAAAGUCGCAGAAGGACACAAGGCCAGCUUCUGUCUGGAGGACACCUACUGCGAUGAAGGGAUCCAGAAGCGGUACGAAUGUGCAAACUACGGGCCCCAAGGGAUCACAGUGGGCUGCUGGGACACUUACAGGCACGACAUCGACUGCCAGUGGAUCGACAUCACAGACGUGAAGCCUGGGGACUACAUCUUCCAGAUCGUAAUAAAUCCCAAUUAUGAAGUGGCAGAGUCGGAUUACACCAACAACAUCAUGAAGUGCCGCAGUCGAUACGACGGACACCGGAUAUGGACUUAUAACUGUCAUAUAGGUGGCUCGUUGAGCUCAGAAACUGAAGAAACGUUUCCCGGACUGCUGACCAACCAGCUGUCCAAGAGGUAGACCACAGACGGAUGGAGCAGAUGGACAUUACGGGCGGGAUCCUACUCGACAACCACUAGAGGGAGCUGUACUGUACCUGGGAGCAGCACGAACAAUGCUGAUGAAUUUUUCAAAGUGUGAUUUCAUUUUGUCUUUUUGUUGUAUAAAAUGUAGAUUUUUAUAAAUUGGUGCUAAAAAGGUCAGGGAAGCUCGUAGCCAAAUGUAUUUCGCUGAACUACACCCACAGGUGCCUUAUUGUCGGCCAUGUUGUUCCGGCUUGAUGUGUGUGUCAAGAAGGUGCAUUGAGUUUUGCACUUUUCCAUGGAGAUGUCUGUGCAGAAUACAAACAGAUUUAUGUUUUCAUAAGUCCUACCCAACCAUCCUGGCAUAUACUGAGCUGAAAUGGAGACCGUUAUUUAUUCAUUUUUCAUGCCGGCUACAUCAACCAACUUCACAUCAGCACGCUCUUCUCUGAUCUGUUCAGGGUUUUGUUAAAUUAUUUGCAGUCAGGGAUCAACAUGACAUGCUGCUUUGCAUUUUGUCUGUGGUUGCAUAGCAAAGCUGAAGUUAGUUUAAGCAUUUGAAACUGUGUGAACAUGUGCAGUUUAUUUGGGGCGCGUCGACACUCUGAGCAAGGGAAUCAAGCCAUCCUGCACUUCAAGAGAAUGAAGACUAAACCGAAUCAUUCCCCU